CUCAGCUCCGCGCAUUUCGGAUCCUUCAACUUUCAGAGCCUCAGACUUGCCUUUUCGCAUUGAACUGUUUUUCGUGUCAAUUACUCGUGUGAAAGAAUUUGGAGUCGACCAUCUACAUUUCACCAUAUUGACCCGGGCAAUGGCAACACUCACCCUGGCCCCGCGGCUCGUCCGCCUCACCACCCUCGGCCAUCUCUCUCGCCCGACUGUCCUGUCCACCCGGGUAUUCGCCGCACGAUACAGCACCAACGCCGAAGAAGAGAUCAUCAAGGUUCAACAAAUCCCAGCCCCGGGUUCCGGGCAUGUCCGUGUGCUGCUUCUCAAUCGGCCCAAAGCCCGCAAUGCGAUCUCGCGACAGCUACUGGAAACCCUCUCCAAGCAGGUAAACUCGAUCGCCGCAGAGAAUGGCAACGGACCAACCCGGGCCUUGGUGGUCGCAAGCAACGUUGACGCUGCCUUUUGCGCCGGCGCAGAUCUCAAGGAGCGUGCUAAAAUGACACAAGCCGAGACUGAACAAUUCCUCGAAAAGCUCCGCGGCACCUUCAAGGGUCUCGCCGGCCUACAAAUCCCCACCAUCUCCGCAAUUUCUUCCAUGGCUCUAGGUGGCGGCCUCGAGCUCGCGCUCUGCACUCACCUUCGCGUAUUCGGCUCGUCCUGCACCGUUGGUCUACCUGAAACACGGCUCGCAAUCAUCCCAGGCGCUGGAGGUACCUACCGUCUGCCAGCAUUGAUCGGGCCCACCCGGGCGCGCGACCUCAUCCUGACAGGGCGACGGGUUUCCGGACCCGAGUCAUACUUUAUCGGACUCUGUGAUCGCUUGGUGGAGGUGUUGCCGGAGGAAGGGCAACAAGAAGGCGUGGCGCGUGAGAAGGUUCUCCGGGAGAGUAUCAAGUUGGCGUUGGAUAUCUGUGAGGGUGGCCCUAUUGCCCUGAAGCAGGCGUUGCUGGCUGUGCAGGGGUCUGCCUUGGGCGAGGUGGCGGAAAAUCAGGCUUAUGAGGGGGUGAUCGAGACUGAGGAUCGGUAUGAGGCUCUGCGUGCUUUUGUGGAGAAGCGAAAGCCCGCUUUCCGAGGGCGGUAGAUUGUAUACAUACUAUACUGUACUUGGGAAAGAUUGUUUAUUAUUGGCGAAUUUGGAUCUGGAUUGUGAUUGGUUUGAGAUGAAUCUAGUCGACACUUGUUCUCAAUAUAUGACGUUGCCCCGUCGCGGGAAGUAUUGUAGAGCCACGCAAUCAUUUCGACUGCCUGCGCUGGAACCGGUAAUGGUUGCGUCCGAAUCAAGCGAGAAAUUGAAGAAG